CACAAAAUAUCUGUCAUGUCGGGUUUUUCCAGUUCGUUAGCUAUUUACAGUAAUAACUUUUCUUGGUUUUCUGUCUCCAGGUAAACUUUUACUAUAUAAAAAACAUACAGAUAAAAAGCACCAAACAAGAUUUUAGGUUUUGUCUUUGUCUCCAUUAUAGCAGGGGGAACACAUGAUGACAGCUGUGAAUGCUAUCAGCUAUCAGAUACUGUUACACAUGUUUUCAACAAGGAAGCUUAGAUGCGUCUCAAAUUCAUGCGUAGCAGUUCACAGACAUGAUAAAGCCGUGGUCCUUCGUCAUUUUGUACACAUUAUUCUUUAUACGUUUUUAUAUACUAAACACUAAAUUGGAAACUUUUUGGAAGCUUUGCAGAGGUCCCAGGUCUGACUAGGGCCCCACCCCAUCAUUUAUUUUCAUUCUUUUCCAUAGCUGUCAUCACAGUAGAAAGAGGAAGUUACAAUGAUGUUAAAUAUUUAAAUCAUUCUUACCUGGAAACUUCACUUGCUCGUCCAGCACCUUUGGAAAAGCAUCAUUAUACAUGAUAAAGAAUGAGGAGAUUCUGGCUUCAGCGCAAACUGACAAAGGUCAUUCCUUUCUUUUCAACAUUGAUUAUCCUUGUAUAUGUUUGUACAAUUGUAUUUUCAAAUGAAGAUGACAGUCGCCUUAAUACCUUGGGAUCAAUGUUUGUGAGACCACGACUGACAAUUAAACAUGGCAUUAAUUGUUCUGCAAUAUAUGACAUGGAACCUGUGGAAGUGCAAAAAUCUUUAGUUGUACGUAAAAGCUAUGUGGGACCAUCUGAUAAAAAUGUUGUGAACGCCACCUCUGACUGUGAUCGGUUUGUUGUAUCAGACGGUUUUGAUGCGAUACAAGGCUCUGAGUUUGAGCGCGAGUUUCCUCUUGCUUACUCUUUGGUUGUUCACAAGAAUGCUGAUCUAGUGGAGAGGUUACUGAGGGCCAUUUAUAUGCCACAUAAUGUUUAUUGCAUACAUUAUGACCAGAAGUCUUCAGAUGACUUUAAAUCAGCGAUGCAAGGACUGACCCGCUGCCUCCCUAACGUCUUCAUCGCCUCAAAGCUGGAGAGGGUGCAGUAUGCAGACAUCUCACGCCUCAAAGCAGAACUCAAUUGCCUGUCUGAUCUCAUGGAGUCUGAGGUCAAGUGGAAGUAUAUCAUCAACCUGUGUGGUCAGGACUUUCCACUGCGGACGAACGCUGAGCUGGUGUCAGAUCUAAAGAUGCUUAAAGGAAAGAACAUGAUGGAGAGCAAGAGACCUGGAGAAAAGAAGCAGCGCUGGAGUUUUCAUCAUGCUCUGAAAAAUGACAAAGCCGAAUACCAUGAGUAUCCUGUCAGGACAUCUGAGGAAAAACCUCCACCACCUCACAACAUAGAAAUGUUUGUGGGCAGUGCGUACUUUACACUCUCACGAGAAUUUGUACUUUUUGUUCAGCGGAGUCCUCUAGCCACAGAUUUCUUGUCCUGGUCUGAGGACACAUACUCGCCUGAUGAACAUUUUUGGGCAACUCUAGUUCGUGUGCCAGGAGUACCGGGAGAGGUGUUGAGAUCUGACCCCGACAUCACAGAACUGCAUAGUAAAACUCAUCUCGUGAAGUGGUCGUAUUUAGAAGAGAAUCUUUACCCACCCUGCACUGGUGAGCACAUACGGGCUGUGUGUGUUUAUGGUGCUGCUGAGCUCAGAUGGCUUCUUAACUAUGGUCACUGGUUUGCUAAUAAAGUGGACCCGAACAUAGAUCCUAUUCUUAUUGAAUGUUUAGAGGAGAAGCUUUUAGAAAAGCGGCUGAUUUCUAAAUCCUAAAUUUAUUGUGUGAUUUAAAAAGUGUGGUUUUAGAUAAAAUCAGAUACCAGCAAAAAAGUAACUGCUGAUUAUUACACUAAUACAUUUGUUCUCAAUAGGCAAAUACUGUGCAGUAUAUAAUCCGACUAAGCCAGUAAACACAUGUAUUUAACACAUGCAUUGAAAUAUUUGGUCACACUUUAUUUUAAGGUCCGAUUCUCACUAUUAACAAACCAUUAACUACCACUUUUGCCUCAAUAAACUCCUAAUUUGGUGCUUAUUAAUAGUUAGUAUGAUAGUUGUUAGGUUUGGGUAUUGAUUAGGGAUGUAGAAUAUGGUCAUGCAGAAUACGUACUUUAAUUAACAGCCAAUAUUCUAAUAAUAUGCAUGCUAAUAAGCAACUUGUUAAUAGUGAGAAUUGGUCCCGAUACUAAAGUGUUACCAAAUAUUUCCAAAGCUUUGGUGGUCACUUGAGAAAAAAAAUAAACUGACUUUAGCCAUUCAGAGUCCCUUUGCAGAUUCUUCUGAACAGGUUUUUGAGUUACUUGUGCAUGGCAUCCUAUUUGAUUACUACUUGGUUUUAAUGGUUUUCAAUUUGGAGAAAACAAAUUAUAUGCAUUUUAUAUGCAAUAUAAUAAAUACUAUUAGCCUUCACUCUUCGUGAGCUCCUUUAUGUUUAGUCAUAGUAUCAUAUAAGCUCUUUCAAACACACACACUGGGCUUGUUGUUUGUCCUGCAGAAUCACAUUAAAAUAUUAAUGAAACCCUUCUUUUCUUUUCCCCUCUGGGCUGUUAUAAGUUAUGAUAUACUUCAUGUUAAAACAUUAUCCCUGCAGUAGUUAUAGUGAAGUAGUUCUGUCUGUCACUUUCUGUUCAUAAGUUUGCUAGGUGGUCAAACAAGUUUUACAUAACAUUUUAAAGUAUUUUUCGUACGGUAGGUGAGCUGAAAGAAGAUGUAAAGUCUUAACAGCUCAGCAUCACAUUACAAUGAAUCAUGCAUGUUUGUUGACGUUUGACAUUUCCUGAUGGUUCUUCUACCAGAAUUUCUUCAUUUUCUUAGGUGCGAACGGUAUGAUCUGGAACUGGACCAGCUGCAAGCUAAUUUACAUAAAACUGAAAAUGACUGUUUAUUUCCUCCUUAUGCACGACUCUGUGCAAACCCUUGUAUGUUUAUUGUAUAUUUGUAUGGUUAUUAUAGUAACACCAUGAAAAAAAAGUGUUUAGUAUGGUUCUAAUGUCUUGCAAAUAUAAUCUGAUUUGCACUGGUCUGCCUGCACACAGGGUGGUUUGUUACUCCUGCAGCAUCACAUUUCAAGUAUGAUUAAGUCUUUAUUAAGCCCCUCUUUUUUCUUCUCUCAUCCAGGCUGCAGUCUGCUGAUACUAAUUUAAUUAAACCUCGUAACUAUUUCAAAAGACAUAUUUUGGACAGUAAACAAAUGUGUCAUUUUAAACUGUUUAUUAAAUUAACCUAAUUCAAUCUUUAUUUUAAGCAGUGGUUUGAUUUGUCCAUAUUAGACCCAACCAUAGGUUGAAAUAUCCCUACAGUUUUUAGAAUAUACAAUCUUAUUGUUUUAAACACAUGGUUGGGUUACAGAGAGAGAUAGACAAACUUUACCAACAGAUUUCAAUUAGUCUGUGCUGUACAUUUAGCUCAAAAUUCUGGGUUGUUUUAACCCAUGAUUGGGUCAAAUGUUUUUUUUUUAGAAUUGCAAUUGCAAAAGUUGGCCGCCAGCUCUGUUGUUCACUUUAGUUUUAAUUGUCUCCAUAGACAUAAUACAUAAAUCAAGUAGUUGAACCAACAGCGCCAUCUAUUGUAAUGUGCAAAAUAUACAGCGGACAAAAAUGAAAGGAAUUCACAUUCAAAAUAGAAAUUCAAUCAUCGUUUACUCACCAUGUUGUCAUUUUAAACCAGUGUAAUUUCUUCUGCAAAGCACAAAAUAAGGCAUUUUGAAAAAUGUUGGUAACCAAAAACCGCUGGUCCCCAUUGACUUCUAUUGUAUGGAAACAAACCUAAUGCAAGUCAAUGGAGAGUGGACCAAUAGUUUUCUCUUACCAACAUUAUUCAAAAUAUAUGCUUUUGUGUUCUGCAGAAAAAGGAAAGUCAUGCAGGUUUGAAAUGACAAGAGGGCGUGUAAAUUAUGACACAAUUUUCAUUUUGAAGGUGAGCUAUUGCUUUAAGAGAGCCAGUUUUGUCUUUAAUCAGAUUUGUAGAUGUAUUAUGGCCAUUCAGUCCAGUGUCUGUUAAAUUCCAACAGAAAACUUUAAGAAAGACGUAAAGUCAUCCAUCAGCAAUGUGAAAGACUGCAAAGGCACAUAAAAGUUGUGAAAAAAAUAAGGCAUAUUCCACUAAAUAUUAAUUUAUGAACUGUUCUCAAAACACAUGAAUAUUGUGCUGUUCUUUGAAGCCUUUAAAAUUAUAUAUGCAGGUUUGUUUGUCAGUCUACAGCUACAUUGGUGUCAGACUGACGUCUUUGAGUCUCAAUUUUUGUGUGGUCAUUCUUUAAUACACAAUGUCAAAAUAUAAGCAUCUCAACUUUUAAACCACUUUUUGAAGCCUCUGCAUUUUAUUCCAUUAUGGUGAGAUUUGUCAGUACCUUAAAUACAAAAAAAUGUUGUACAGGGAAAGUCUGAUAAUAAAAAUGAUA